CGCCUUCCCGUCAGGCCCCGCGCGGCGCGACCGGCGGCGGCGGAAUGGCGGCGCGCGGCUCCUCGCUGGUGGAGGCCGUGCUGGCCUGCUCGGGGCUCCCGGAGAAGGAGGGCUUGAGCGGCCGUGUCAACCGCCUCUCCCGCCGGGCCGAGGAGCUCAAGGAGGAAGUUUGCAGCAUGAUCAACCAAAGGUACAUGGAGUUCCUGCCCAGCGUGCAGAGCGCCAAGGACCUGGAGUGCCAAGUGGAGGAGCUUUCAACCAACAUGGAUCAGCUGAGAUCCAGGAUCGAGAACGAGGUCCAGCAGGAUCUCAACGUGGCCAUGACAGACUUUGCUGACCUGAAGCAGCAGCUGGAGAGGGAGAUGCUGGUCCUGAGUGUGCUGAAGCAGCUCCAGGAGUUUGACUCCGCUCUCAAACAGUUCGGUACCUUGCUGCCUCUGAAGAAGUACACGUCAGCUGCUGGCCACCUAAACAAGGCCCGGAGGAGCCUGAAAACCAUGGAGUCCCGUCGUGGCUUUGAGCUGAAGAUCCUGAAGGCGCUCGGCCAGGAGCUCACCAUACAGACCCAGAACAUCCUGUGCCUCUUGGACGAGGAGUGGCAGCGGAUGGUGGAGUGGAAGCUUCCCCAGUCGCAAGACCUGAGCUGCCUGGAGGCAGCUACCCAGACGGAGCUGCACCUACGUCUGCCCACGGAAGAGGCGGCCACAGGCCCAGGCGUUUCAACCGUCCUGCAGGCUUUCGCCAUCCUGGGGGAACUGGAGAUGAAGUUCAAACAUUUUGGACAGUUACUGCUGAAGCACAUCCUCAAGCCUUUGGUCUGUUGCCCUUCCUUACGGCUCUCGGUGGAAGAGCCCCCCGAUGGCGUCACACUCAGAUUUGAGUCUGUGGGCUCCAGCCUGGGUCAUCCGUCCCCCUUGGAAGUGUUUGCCAAGCUCAAAUCGGUGUUCAAAGUCCUCCACCAACACCUGCUGGACACACCGCUGGGCCGUUGCGAGGGAGAGGAAGGGGAGGAGACCGACCCCAGGCCCGUUUUGGCCGAGGUGCUGGGCAACGUGAUCUGGAAGAAGAUGUCCGACUGCCUCAUUUGCGAUUGCUUGGUGCAUUCCAUCCCCAGCAACAGCAGCCAGCUUGCCGAGUACACGGAGGUUAUUACAGCAACAGAAGACUUUGAAAAAGCCUUAAAAGACAUGAACUUCCUUCCGGAGGAUUCCGUGGACUUGCUGACCUAUGCCCGCAACGUGAAUUGCCAUUUUGCCAACAAGAAAUGCCAAGAUGUCAUCAUGGCAGCCAGGAACCUGAUGACCUCAGAAAUACACAACACCGUGAAGGUCAGCCCAGACUCUCUGCCAGCUCUCCCCGCCCUGCCUGCCUCUGAAGCCGGGGACCAGCCAAAGGUUCCGGAAGGAUCCGAGCUGCUUCUCAGGCAGGUGACCAACUUGGAGAACAAGACCAAGCUGAGCCGCCACACCUUUUCGUUCCCCACCUGCCGCAUCAGCGACUCGGUCCAGAGAUUGAUGGCUUUGGCCUAUCAGACGCUCCAGGAAGCCUCUGCCAGCACCGACCAAUGCUGCAUCCAGCUCUUCUACUUGGUGAGGAACAUCUUCCACAUCUUCUGCGACGUGGUGCCCAUGUAUCAUAAAGAAAACCUCCAGAAGCUUCCCCAGCUUGCCGCCCUCCACCAUAACAACUGCAUGUACAUCGCCCACCACCUCCUCACCAUGGGCCACCAGUUCAGGAGCCGGCUGAGCGAUGGGACGGCCACCUUCGUCGACUUGGUGCCCGGGUUCAGGAAACUGGGGACGAAGUGUUUCCUGGCCCAGAUGCGGGUGCAGAAGGAUGAGCUGCUGGAGAGGCUGUCCAUCUCCAGGAAUUUCUCCAACCUGGACGACGAGGAAAACUACUCGGCGGCCAACAGAGCAGUCCGUCAGGUUCUGCACCAACUGAAGAGGCUGGGCAAAAUCUGGCAGGAUGUCCUCCCGGUGAAUAUCUACUGCCGGGCCAUGGGGACCCUGCUGAACACCGCCCUGGUGGAAAUCAUUAGCCGGGUCAUUGCUCUGGAGGACAUCUCCGCCGAGAACGCCGACCGGCUGCACGCCCUGUGCCAGACCGUGGUGGACGAGGGGCCCCGGGUCUUCGUGCCCCUGCCGGAGGAGAAGGAGAACCGGCCCUUCCAGGAGGAGGUGCCAGUCUACGUGCCCAAGUGGAUGAUGUUCCAGGAGCUCAUGUUGCUCCUCCAGGCCAGUCUGCAAGAGAUCGUGGACAGGUGGGCGGGCAGCAAAGGGCCCCUGGCUGCUGAGUUCUCCCCCAGCGAAGUGAAGAACCUCAUCCGGGCCUUGUUCCAGAACACGGAGCGGAGGGCGGCUGCCUUGGCCAGCAUCAAGUAGCGUUUGUGCCUGGGGAAGAGCGUCCUGGCUGUGCUCCCUGCAGCUGAGGCUGCCCCCUCCCCGGUCUCCCCUUCGUGGAGUUCUGGCUUCGUGGAGGUCACAUUUUGAAGCCCAUCAAGUUCCACAAAUGACCCCCAUCUGUGGACUUCAGAAAACGACUUUCCCAGCAGAACCUGUGACCAGCUGACUGGGCCACCUUCCCAAAGAAGAUCCCAGAUCUUGGACAUGGCCCUGCUUUCUGCGUUCGGCCGAGCCCACUUGGCUUGCGGGAGCUCUGGGCAGCUCAAGCGCCGGAUGAGAAGAAAGGGCCUCUAUGCAGCUUCUUUCCAAGGGAGCCCUCCUCACACGCACCUUAUCGCUUCUCUUUUGCAAGGGGGGCUGCUAAAGCACACCGGACUUGAAGGGGGGAGACAAACCAACCUUCCAGCCGAAGCCUUUCAAGGCUCUUAAAGUGCCAAAGCGGCCUUCAUUUUA